UACGCACUGUUAUAGAGACAGUGGCAGCGAGAGACGGAGACUUGUUUUCUGUGUACAGGAUCAGCAUAUCAUUACCGAGCAAGUGGAAAAAUAAACAAGGCCAUCAAGAGCUGCAUCAUUCUCCUACGCCGAUUGAUUGGAAUUAACUCUCUUAUAUUUCCAUCGGGGAUUUCAUUCACGCUUCUCCAAGGGGAUCCUUCAGCUGAGGAUUACUUUACACUGUAAAGCUUUUUUUAAAAAUCAUUCUGUCAAAAAGUCGUGUUUUGCAUGGGAGAACAGAGGGGCAGAAAGACACACCAAAGUUUCUCUUCAUCGUCCCUCCUGCGCGUCAAGAGUUCACCUUGACUGUGACAUAACGGAAAGCUUUUAAAACCUUCUCCAUGAUUGUUUGAGCCAGACUGCUCGGACCUGUGGAGCUUUCACUGCUUGUUGAAGGGCUGUCAACACAAUGGGACGCCUGUAUCUGCUCCUUGUCACCCUCUCCCUACUCACCUGCCAGGUUUUGUGCUCUGGAGUAUUUGAGCUGAAGCUGCAGGAGUUUCUCAACAAGAAAGGGGUAACGGGGAACGCCAACUGCUGCCCAGGAGGCUCCGCUCAUUUGCAGGGCCAGCAGCAGUGUGAAUGCAAGACUUUCUUUCGGGUUUGUCUGAAGCAUUACCAGGCCAGCGUCUCCCCCGAGCCUCCCUGCACCUACGGAGGGACCGUGACUCCUGUUCUCGGCUCUAACUCAUUCCAGGUGCCGGAGACCAACGCAGACAGCUUCACCAACCCAAUCCGCUUUCCCUUCGGCUUCACGUGGCCCGGGACGUUUUCGCUGAUCAUUGAAGCGCUGCACACUGACUCCCUGGACGACCUGACAACAGACAACCCAGAGCGUCUGAUCAGCAGAGUCACCGCUCAGCGUCACCUCGCUGUGGGAGAAGAAUGGUCCAAAGACAUGCAGACAGUCGGAAGGACGGAGCUGCGUUACUCUUAUCGCUUCCUGUGUGAUGAGCACUACUACGGCGAUGGCUGCUCUGUCUUCUGCCGGCCACGAGACGAUGCCUUUGGACACUUCACUUGCGGCGAGCGUGGGGAGAUCAUAUGUAACUCUGGCUGGAAGGGCCAGUACUGCACUGAACCAAUUUGUCUUCCCGGCUGUGAUGAAGAACAUGGCUUCUGUGAUAAACCAGGAGAGUGCAAGUGUCGUGUGGGCUUCAGUGGGCGUUACUGUGAUGACUGCAUUCGUUAUCCAGGCUGCCUACAUGGCACCUGUCAACAGCCCUGGCAAUGCAACUGCCAGGAGGGAUGGGGCGGGCUCUUCUGCAACCAGGAUCUGAACUACUGUACACACCAUAAGCCCUGCCUCAAUGGAGCCACAUGCACCAACACUGGCCAGGGCAGCUAUACUUGCUCCUGUCCACCAGGAUACACAGGUGCCAGCUGUGAGCUCCAGGUCAACAAAUGUUCAGGAAGCCCAUGUCGUAAUGGAGGCAGUUGCACUGAUAAUGACAGUGGCUACAAGUGCACUUGUCCACCUGGUUUCUAUGGCAACAGCUGUGAGUUGAGUGCCAAUACCUGUGCAGAUGGGCCUUGCUUCAAUGGCGGACGCUGUAUCGACAACCCUGAAGGUGGCUACUUCUGCCAGUGUCCAGUGGGAUACGCUGGCUUCAACUGUGAGAAGAAAAUCGACCACUGCUCCUCCAACCCCUGCUUAAAUGGUGCAGAAUGUGUGGAUCUGGUGAACUCCUACCUCUGUCAGUGUCCUGAGGGGUUUUUUGGUCCUAAGUGUGAGGACAGCAGCAGCAUCUCUGGACAAUGUCUGUCUUUCCCUUGCCAGAAUGGUGGGACGUGCCAGGAGGGAGUGAAUGGCUAUACCUGUACUUGCCCUCCAGGCUAUACUGGAAAAAACUGCAGCUCCCCCAUCUCCCGCUGCUAUCACAACCCCUGCCACAAUGGAGCCACCUGCCAUGAGCGUGGUGGCCGCUACGUGUGCGCUUGUGUGCCCGGCUACGGUGGUCACAACUGCCAGUUCCUCUUACCAGAGGUGGCGGAUGGACCGGAUCGCCGAUAUUCUUCCUCAGAAACUGGAAAUGUUGAAGGCGAGGAGGAUGACGACAGCAGAUUUCCGUGGACAGCCGUGUGCGCUGGCGUCUUCCUUGUUCUUGUGAUCCUGAUCGGCUGCUCGGUGCUGGUGGUCUACAUUCGGAUCAAACUGCAGGAGCGGCACAGUCACCACGGCGACAGUAUCCACAGUGACAGCCACGAGACCAUGAACAACCUGACAACCACCAACAAUUGUCUCCGCAGUGACAAGGAAUUGGGCCCAACGAUGACAACGUCAAUUAAAAACACCAACAAGAAGGCUGAUUACCAUGCAGACCUUGCUGGAUCACUGGGUGGUCUGAGUGGAAUCAGUGGACUCAAUGGAUCAGAGAAGAACGGCUUUAAGACUCGUUACCCUAGCGUGGAGUACAACCUGGUCCAUGAACUCCGACCUGAGGAGCUGUCACUGUGUAAAGAAGAGGAGCAUGAUGUGCCCGAGGUUAAAUGUGAAAUGCUGGAUGAGUCAGACUCAGAGGAAAGCUACAGGAAGAGACGUAACAGUGACGCAUCACAAAAGAAACACUUGGAAGACUCACCAAGCUGCAGUGAAGCUACUUAUCAGCCGUGCAGCGAACUGAACUAUCAAGCAGCAAGUGAUCUUAAAUACCAGUCUACCAGUGACAUUGACUACCAGAGUACCACUGACACCAAAUACCAGUCUGUCUAUGUAAUGUCAGACCAAAAAGAUGAAUGUAUCAUCGCUACAGAGGUAUGAUACCAAUCCAGACUGGAUCAGAUCAGACCAGUUUCCUACUGGUUGAUGGUCCACACACACCAGCCCUGAGCAGCAGAGCUCAGCUGGUCUCCAGGAGGUUUUACUCCUGCUGUUUGCUGCUGUUCCCUGGGAUGUACCACAGGAUUUUGAGCCAGGGUGCUGCUGAGCAGGAGCGGAGUCAGUACUGACUUGGCAAGAACUUUGUACUUCAGUAGUGCUACAGGUGAAUACAGGACAUUUUUGACCCUCAAUGGCUGUAGGUCUGGUGCUGACUCAGUACUAUGGAUGGAGUACAAAGACUGCUAGCACUCGUACAGCCCUUGUACAGAAAAAGUGCUGAAUUCAUGCAGUCAGCAAUGAUGGCUGGAGAACUGAUGGCGAGCUCGUCUGAUGACUGUUUCAGUACAGGAUGAACUCUUGUUUAUUUACUGAUAAACAGUGUAGCAGAAUAUUGACUGAUGAUAUUGUAGUACCAUGGAGUACUGAUUAAAUGAACAGUUUUGUACCUUUGGAGUACUGAGAACAAUUGAUGUACUGUUAUGAGCUGUGGUUUUACAAUGCAGUGUAAAAGCUGUCGUGAAUAUUGGACAGUUCAUGUUCUGUGCAGUGCUGCAGAGGUAGAGGGUGGAGUUCAAAAUCCCUGUACUUUAUCUGUACUGCAGCAGCGGCUGUAGUUACUUUACUGUUACGAAGUAAUUCAGUAAAUCUCAAUAGGACAAACCAAAACAACAAAAUGAAAAGCAGUAGUACUUCAGCCGCAACUGUACAUCUUUAGCUCUGCAGCACUGACAGAGUCAGUCUGGGCUGAGCUGGUUCUCAGCAGAAACUAGAGAACUGAAGACUCCAGUAGUGACUGCAGAUUGAUCCAACGUGGAUCCUGUUGGGCCAUACUGGCCUCUGACCCCUGAAGGUUGUGAUACACAGGGCAGUGUUUUGGGCAGGACAACUUGGGACAUACUUCCAGCAUUAGAGGACAAACAAAGGCAUAAACAAAUCAGACAAAACAUAAAGGAAGUUAAUUUAACCAAUCAUAAUUUUUCCAGGAUUUUGUUUAAUAUUUGUGCUACUCAAUAUCACAGCAGCUUCUCUGGCCACAAUUCUUUGACUAAAUUACCUAAAAAAGUUGCUUACUACAAAAUUGUCACACCCUCUGAUGAUGCUUUUGUAUUUCCAAGUAAGCUGAGCUAUUAUGGACCAGUCUUAACUUCCAAGACCUCAUUGCACUAUGGAGGUGUGCGUGUAUGUGUGUACAGAAGACGUGCGGUGUCAGAUGUAUGCACUGCCCACUUCCACUAUUAGCCAGUUAAAGGACACCAUCAUCCUGCCUGCCACUGGUCAGGAUCAUUUGUUUUAUUUGUUAUCAAAAGAAAGAUGUAUUCUUUUAAUUUAAAUAUGUAAUUAUUUGUGUUCCAUUUUGUUGUGAAGGUUUUUUUUUUUUGUUAAAGCCGUUAUAAUUUAACUUGAAUU